AUGUAUAGAGAGAUUACAAUGCAAAAAGGAGAGCUCAAAAGAAAUUACAAAGAAAACUCCCAUUUGGGGAUCCAAAGUCAAGCUGUCCUUAGAAAUACUAGACAUCAUUCAUUCUUUCUUGAAAUACAUCUCUCACCAUUAGCUUCAAAGGAUUUACAAAUGAUUCUAAACACCCAUAGGUUGAUACCUUCAAAUCCGCUUGAAGACUUGAUUCUUAAAAUAAAGAGUCGUGAAGUGCCUCCUAAUGGUAGUGGCGAAGUUAUUUUGUUACUUCCUUUUGUUCAGAACAUAACUACAGUUGAUUGGAUCGAUGAUGGGUUUGUUAAGAAGAUACGAGGAAAUUGGUCCACCAACUGGAAAUUACCCAGGAUAUGGAAUUUUACUAGUUACAGAUGA